AUGGAGUCAACGGAGACGACGUCUACACAGAUAUACAGCAAGCACUUCAUCCCUCUCGAGUCCAAUCCAGAGGUCUUCACAGAGCUAAUCCACAAGCUUGGUUUGUCCAAAUCACUAAGUUUCCACGAUGUUCUUUCGCUGGACGACCCUGAGCUGUUGGCAUUCCUCCCGCGACCUGUUUACGCUCUGAUCUUGGUCUUCCCGACGACGGCGGCGUACGAGGAGAGAAUUGACCAAGAGGAAGCCGAGCUGCUUGACUAUCAAGGCUCUGGGGUAGAUGAAGACGUGGUAUUCUUCAAGCAGACAAUUAACAAUGCUUGUGGCUUGUACGCAAUCCUGCACGCUGUGUGUAACGGGGACGCAGGACGUAAGAUUGACGAUGCGUCGCUCAUUGGGCAGCUUCUGCAAGCUGGCCUGCCUCUUGUGCCAGACAAGCUCGCUCUAAUGCUAGAGCACAGCGAAGAACUCGAGCUUGCGUACGCCGAGGUGGCGACGAAGGGGGAUACGGAAGCGCCAGCUCAUGCUGAAGAUGAGGUGGACUUCCACUACAUCACUCUCGUCAAGUCGCAUACGAACAGCCAUCUCUAUCAGCUGGACGGCGAUCGCAAGCGCCCGGUAGAUCACGGCCCAAUGGCGGUACAUGAAGACGUUCUGUCCGACAAAAGCCUCGAUAUAAUCCGCAGCAUGAUGGCAAGCGAAGGCAACAACCUUAAUUUCAGCUUGAUGGCUUUGGUCGAAGAGGGAUGA